AAUUCUAUUUAAUACACAAUGCUUCUGUAACAGCCACGCAUAAUAUCGAUUUGAUCAGCAGGAUAUCCAGUUACUCGAUCCAAUUAUUAAUAAAAAACAAACUCAAAAAUAAUGAAAGAAAUAAUGGGCGAAUAGUGUUUUAAUAACAAAGAAUGAGGAGUAAGAGGCGGGGAACGAGGAGCGGAAAAAGAUUUGUCCGAUCCGAACGCAGCCCGGCUAUCAUCGGAUAUAUCUUGCAAUUAGUCCCCUUGUUUAAAUAAAACAACCGUACAAAUGUAUUUAUCUACGGCUUUCAUGGCUAGCGUGCAGCAGAUUGUGAUAAUAGUGCUUGAAGCGAAACUUGGAACGUUAAAAAAUUCAAUAACAACAUGCUCGAAAAUGUUUUCACAAAUUUACACCUACAUGUGAUUGUGGUUACUGUUUGUAAUUUAAAGUUUCAUAUGGAAAUCACAACUCAGUUGUGUUAUUUUAUAAAUAUGGGCAUAAAAUAUUGAUUGAGUCGGCAGUUGCUGUUCGACAGUUGAUGGUUAAUGGUAAUGGUUGAUAGUGAAAAAUAAAAUUCAUUUAUGUUGACUCUGAACGCCGAACGCUGUUAGGAUCUCUGGAUUCUGGAUAUAUGAACAAAAGUAACCAUUUUAAUUGGUAUUGAAUGCGGUUUUGAAUUUCACUCAUAUAUUGUUUGUAAAUACGGAUCCGAAUGAUUGCGAUUCUGCAAUUGUUAUUGUUCAGUGAACUCCUAUCUAUUUCCCAAAUAGAUGUUUAUUGCCUGGAAGAGGCGGUGGAUGUCCAACCAAUGCCGUCUCCGUUAUUAAAUUCCGCCCAAAGCCAAAAGAGUCUUGACAGCGAUGGGAGACGUUAUUUUGAAAACAGAAAUGAUUUUCCGGGGUUUGCAGCUCAGGCUAUUACUGAAGAAACUGAUGUCUUUAAUGGACAGCUCAAUACUAAUGUCAACAUGAAUUCUAACACCAGGGUCCCGUGGAUUAAACAAAAGGGGAGAAAUAAGCUGAGAAGAAGGCGAGGAGGGUUUAGAAAAAGGCGACUCAUGAACGAUGCAAAGAGGAAACAAGGCUUGAAGCAAAUGGUUCAGGUGGUUGUACCAAGGAGUGCAUUGUCUCAGUCUUCUGUUACUUUUGAUACCAAUGCAGUCAAAGAUAACGGAAGACGGACCAAAACGAAAUGCCCUGACAGCAGCGAAGAAGAAGAUCUAGACACGGAUUCACCGAACGAGUGUAACUGUAACAUUGGCAGUAAAAUUUUACGACAGAUAAGACAGCUAAGGUACCAGUUGGACGUCAUGGAGAACCUCGUCUACGAUAAUUUAAGUUUUGACGACGAGUCUUGAUGUUAAAUCAUCAAUCAAUCUUAAAUAAAUAAACAAUCAUUGCUAUGAAUAAUAAUAA